AUGUUCGUUAUAAAAAGAGAUGGCCGUAAAGAACCAGUCAGAUUCGACAAAAUCACCGCAAGAAUUUCUCGUUUAUGCUAUGGUUUAGAUUCUGAUCAUGUUGAUCCUGUCAAGGUCACUCAAAGAAUUAUCAGCGGUGUCUACGAAGGUGUCACUACUGAAGAGUUAGAUAACUUAGCUGCUGAAACUGCUGCUUACAUGACCACUGUUCAUCCAGAUUAUGCUAUUCUUGCUGCUAGAUUGGCUAUUUCAAAUUUACAUAAACAAACCACUAAAUGCUUUUCUGAUGUCAUUCAACAAUUAUAUGAAUACAUUAACCCAGAGAAUAAUAAACCAGCUAAGUUGAUUUCUGAUGAUGUUUAUGAAGUUGUUAUGAAACAUAAGGAUGAGUUAAACUCCGCUAUUGUCUUCGACAGGGAUUUCCAAUUCAAUUAUUUCGGUUUCAAGACUCUAGAAAGAUCAUAUUUGUUAAAGAUGAACAAUAAAGUCGCUGAACGUCCACAACAUAUGAUUAUGAGAGUCGCUUUAGGUAUUCAUGGUGACGAUAUUGAAUCAGUAUUAGAAACAUACAAUUUAAUGUCUCAAAGAUAUUUCACUCAUGCUUCUCCAACUUUAUUCAAUGCUGGUACCCCAAACCCACAAAUGUCUUCUUGUUUCUUAGUUGCCAUGAAAGAUGAUUCUUUAGAUGGUAUUUUCGACACAUUAAAAGAAUGUGCUAUGAUUUCGAAGACUGCUGGUGGUAUCGGUCUACAUGCCCACAAUAUUCGUGCCACUGGUUCUUAUAUUGCCGGUACUAACGGUACGUCCAACGGUUUGAUUCCAAUGUUAAGAGUUUUCAACAACACUGCUCGUUACGUCGAUCAAGGUGGUAACAAGAGACCAGGUGCUAUUGCUAUCUAUUUAGAACCAUGGCACGACGAUAUUUUCGAUUUUGUUGAUAUCAGAAAGAAUCAUGGUAAGGAAGAAAUGAGAGCUAGAGAUUUAUUUCCAGCUCUAUGGGUCCCAGAUUUAUUCAUGAAACGUGUUGAAGAAAACGGUGAUUGGACUUUAUUCUCCCCAAGUGAAGCUCCGGGUUUAUCUGACGUGUAUGGUGCUGAAUUUGAAGCCUUAUAUAACAAAUACGUUGCUGAAGGACGUGGUAGAAGAACUAUCAAAGCACAAAAGCUAUGGUAUUCUAUUUUAGAAGCUCAAACUGAAACCGGUACUCCGUUCAUUGUCUACAAAGAUGCCUGUAACAGAAAGUCUAAUCAGAAGAACUUGGGUACCAUUAAGUCUUCCAACUUAUGUUGUGAAAUUGUUGAAUACUCUGCUCCAGAUGAAACUGCUGUCUGUAACUUAGCUUCUAUUGCUUUGCCAGCCUUUAUUGACGUUAGCGAAGACGGUAACACUCAAACCUAUAACUUUCAAAAAUUACAUGAUGUCGCUAAGGUAUUGACACGUAACUUGAAUAGGGUUAUUGACCGUAAUUACUACCCAGUUGAGGAAGCUAAAAACUCAAAUUUCAGACACAGACCAAUUGCUUUAGGUAUUCAAGGUUUGGCUGAUACUUUCCAAUUAUUACGUCUUCCAUUUGAAUCCCAAAAGGCUAAAGAAUUGAAUAUUCAUAUCUUUGAAACUUUAUACCAUGCUGCAUUAGAGUCUUCUUGUGAGUUAGCACAAAAGGAUGGACCAUAUCCAUCAUACCAAGGUUCUCCAGUUUCUAAAGGUGUUUUGCAAUAUGAUAUGUGGGGUGUUGAUCCAACAGAUCUAUGGGAUUGGGCUCCUUUAAAAGCUAAUAUCAAGAAACAUGGUAUUAGGAACUCCCUAUUGUUGGCACCAAUGCCAACUGCCUCUACUUCCCAAAUUUUAGGUUACAAUGAAUGUUUCGAACCAUUCACAUCCAAUAUGUAUCAACGUCGUACUUUGUCUGGUGAAUUCCAGAUUGUUAAUCCAUAUUUAUUACGUGAUUUAGUUGAUUUAGGUUUAUGGAAUGAUUCUAUGAAGCAACAUUUAAUUACCGCUAACGGUUCUAUUGCUGAUUUACCAAAUGUUCCACAAGAAUUAAAGGAAAUAUAUAAGACUGUUUGGGAGAUCUCUCAAAAGACCAUUAUUGAAUUUGCUGCUGACCGUUCUGCUUUCAUUGAUCAAUCUCAUUCUUUGAACAUUCACAUCCGUGCCCCAACUUUUGGUAAGUUGACCAGUAUGCAUUUCUACGGUUGGAAGAAGGGUUUGAAGACUGGUAUGUACUAUCUAAGAACACAAGCUGCUUCAGCUGCUAUUCAAUUCACUAUUGAUGCUAAGGUUGCUGAACAAGCAGCAAACGCUAAAGCCAAUUUAAUUAACUUAAAACGUCCAAGAUACAUUUCUCACAAUUCAAAUUCAAGCGAUGCAACUGAACAAGAAGAAACGUCAAAGUCUGCCACUCCAGUCUUUAUUUCUACUAGUGACACAAUCGCUUCAAGUAUGUCUUCUUUAAAAAUGGAUGAACCAAUUAAUGUGGUCACAUCUACUGAACCUGUCAAAGAAGAACCAAAAAAGGAGAUGAAGGAUAAAUCUGAAAUGAACCAAGAUGAAUUCGAUAUUUUCAACUCAAAAGUUGUCGCAUGUGCUAUCGAUAACCCAGAAGCCUGUGAAAUGUGUUCAGGUUAA